AUGGCCCCAGCGCCAGGCCACGACUACUUUACGGAGCUGCCACUCGAGAUGCUGCAGCACAUAGCGUCCUACCUUGGCGCGUGGGACGAACUAAAGCUGCGUACUGUAUUCCCGAAGACUAAGCAGCAGAUAAUGGUUGGCACCCUGGGAGAGCUCAUCAGCACUGUAUACGUGUCGCCAACCAAGACAUCGCUGGAGCAUUUCUGCAAAAUCGCUGCACCUUCUUUCUUCGCAGAGCACAUCCGGAAGCUUGUGUACAUCCCAAGAGCCCUUGACGAGACUAUAGACGAUCUUCUCAGUGUAGUGGAAGCUCGCAAGACUUGCGACGAAUUCAACCAUAUCGUGUCGGAGCACAAGACGGAUCAUAGCGCUUGGUCAUCCACAAUCGAUGAUUUCGUGCUCAAGUUCCUUCGAAAAGGGCUUGCGCGACUGCAAGGACUCAAAGUCGUUGUUCUGGCCAACAACAUCCAGGAUGACGGUCUCAACGCCACGGCGCUUUGGUAUUGCAAUGAACUUUGUCCAAAGCCAAUUGUUUGCUGUCUUCAAGGCGAUCACACUGGCGAAGCUCACCUCCGAAACAUGGAGUUGGGAAACUGUCUCUGCGGCCAGCUCAAGUUUGGGCAGGAGUAUCACGGACUCACGCGGUGCAUGGAUGCUGCACUUGAUGCUCUGACUUAUGUGGUUCCUAAGCUGAGGAAGCUUACCAUCAGCUGUUCGGACGAGUGGUCGGCUAGCAUGAAAACUGAGGCAUUUUGGAAAUACAUUGCAAGUCGCUCGAAUGGUAUCCAGGAUUUAACCCUUCUCCAGUACAUCAACCUUGCAGGUGUUAUCGUCUCUGAGCGUUCAGAUCCAAAUGUCGAAGGCGGACGGAGUCCAGAGCACUUCACCCACCGAGAUGCGGACCAGGAAUUUGACUGCGCGGGAACAAGCGACUCCAUACUGGACAGUCGAAGGCUUGGCGAGCGAAUGGCCGAGCCCGCCAUAGCAUGCGUGGCUGUAUCAUCGUCGUUGCUGGAGAAUGGAUCUGGAGAUGGCAAAGAGAAAGACGAGAUGGAACGCAAACGCAAAGUCAAGACCGAGAUCAGCACGGACCAGGCCGACGAAAAGUCAAUUUAUUCUUGCAUGCAAAAGGGUCGGGAUUGCCGGGCAAACUAUGCCCUCUAA